AUGUCCGACCAGGAGCCCGAGUCAGCCAGGCCUGACUCCGUUGCUUCUACAGACACAACCCACGCCGACGUUGCCAACGGUAUCGGCAGACCCAAACCGGUUUUGGGAGAGCUGGCGGCUAAGAAACAGAAGAAGUCCCAGGCUUCAUACAUUGUCCGGGAGUACGGCACCCCUCUUCAGACCAGAGCUGCUUCGCCAUGCACUUUGAACCCGCCUAUCGAUUCUGACGGUCUUUCGUGGCCAUCCAAAGGUGCCAGAAGCAGAAUCGAACAAACGCCAGAGGAAGCCAAAGGUAGAGAACUUCGGAUCGCCUCGGCAGUGAAAUCGAUCUUACACGAGCUUGGUGAAGAUACCGACAGAGAAGGUCUUUUGGAGACGCCCGAGCGGUACGCCAGAGCAAUGCUCUACUUCACCAAGGGCUACGAGGACAAUAUCAGAGAUGUGGUGAAAAGAGCAGUGUUCGAGGAGGACCACGACGAAAUGGUCAUUGUGCGUGACAUCGAGGUUUAUUCCUUGUGUGAGCACCAUUUGGUUCCGUUCUUUGGCAAGGCCCACAUUGCCUACAUCCCCAAUAAGCGAGUGGUGGGGCUUUCAAAGUUGGCCAGGCUCGCCGAAAUGUACUCCCGCCGUUUCCAGGUGCAAGAGCGUUUGACCAAGCAGAUCGCCAUGGCUUUGAGCGAGAUUUUGCAUCCUCGAGGCGUAGCCGUGGUGAUUGAAGCCACCCACAUGUGUAUGGUGAGCAGAGGAGUCCAAAAAACGGGCUCUUCCACCACCACAAGCUGCAUGUUGGGCUGUUUCCGCCAGCAGCAAAAGACUCGUGACGAGUUUUUGACGCUCUUGGGCCGCAAGUAG